AUGCACGCAGAUUUUCGGAUAGGCUUCUUCAGCCUGCUCACGGCCCUUUUGAGCCUCUCUUCCGUGGAUGCCUUUUAUAUUCCGGGAUGGUCGAUAAAGAGCUACAAAGAUGGAGAAUCGGUACCGUUGCAUGUGAAUAAGAUAUAUUCGGAUCAUACCCAGCUACAAUUUGCCUACUAUGAACUUCCGUUUGUUUGCCCGCCCACGGGCCGCAGACACCUGGGAUCUCCUCUCACCAGCGGCACAAGCAUUUCGCUGAAUCUGGGAGAAGUCCUUCGUGGCGAUAGGAUCAUGCUCUCCGACUAUGAGCUGACGAUGGGAGAAGAUAAAGAGUGUCAGUAUCUGUGCAGCCACCAAGUCGACCGACGUGCUUUGAACCGUGCCAAAGAGAUCAUAUCAGGUGGAUAUGUUGCUGAAUGGAUCGUUGACAACCUUCCUGGCGCCACAAGCUUCGUCACUGUUGAUAAGUCUCGCAAGUAUUACGCCGCCGGCUUCAAGCUGGGCUAUCAGGACUUUUCUCCAAGCACUGGCAAGCCGCGGUACUUUAUCAACAAUCACGUCACUUUGGUCUUGAAAUGGCGCAAGGCACCUGGAAAGGCAGGCUUGCAAGGUGGAAAGGUCAUUGUAGGGUUCGAGGUCUACACCAAAAGUAUCAACGCCGAGGAGAGGAAGGAUAAUGGAUGUCCCGACAAGCCUCUCUCUGUGGAAAAUGGAAUGGAACUUUAUCUUCCUGCUAACUCCACAACCGCUCCGGAAGAAUACGCUGCUCUCUCCUAUGUACCCCCGGCACAGGAGGAUCUCGACGAUGGCGCGACUCUGACUAUUCCUUAUACCUAUUCUGUCUACUUUCGCGAGGAUGAUACAAUUGACUGGUCCAAUCGAUGGGAUUUGUACUUUGUCAAUCAAGAUGACAGCUCGAGGAUACACUGGCUGGCUAUUGUCAAUUCUCUGUUCAUUGCUGGUCUUCUCACUGUUGUGGUUGCUGUCAUCUUCACCAGAACCAUCCGUGGGGAGAUCAAAGCAUUCUCUCGCGAAGGUAGUCUCGAGGAUCUCAAAUUGAAACCGAAACGGAAGCGUGGUCUGAACGGCGCCAAGUCGCCCAGGCCCAGUGACAAACUCUCGGAAGGUCUCUUGGAGCAGAAGGGCGACCUCAGUACUGAUGCUGACAGUUCAUCGGAUGACGAAGCCAUUGAAGAUAUCACCGGGUGGAAGCUUGUCCAUGCCGAUGUUUUCAGGCCGCCCCCUUAUGGUGGUCUCCUCGCUCCGCUCAUCGGAUCUGGCACGCAGUUGGUUUUUAUGGCCACUGGCUUGCUUGUCCUGAGCUGCUUCGGCGUGUUGAACCCGAGUUUCAGGGGCGGCUUUGUCAGCGUCGGUGUCGGCUUGUUCGUCUUCGCCGGAAUUUUCUCUGGCUACUUUUCGGGUCGAGUUUACAGGACCUUUGGCGGCUUGAACUGGCGGAAGAACACUGUUAUUACUGCCAUUCUCGUCCCUGGUCUUCUCUUCUCACUCAUUUUCAUCCUGAAUCUCUUUGUCUGGGCGCAAGCAUCGAGUACGGCAAUUCCGUUCUCCACGCUCAUGGGUCUUGCUGCGCUUUGGCUUCUGGUGCAGCUGCCUCUGGUUUAUGUCGGUAGCUGGUAUGGAUUCAACAGGAUUGGCUCUUACGAACACCCGGUGAAGCCGAACGCGAUUCCUCGUCAAAUCCCUGCACAACCAUGGUACACCAAGCCGAGCGUUAGCAUCAUGCUGGCUGGUUUGAUUCCAUUUGCCGUCAUUUUCAUUGAACUUAUAUUCGUCUUUAAGAGCAUUUGGCAAGACAAGAGCGGCUAUUAUUAUGUCUUUGGGUUCCUCAGCGUUGUCAGCAUCAUCCUAAUUUUGACCGUUGUUGAAGUAACUGUCGUUGCUACGUAUAUGCAGCUUUGCGCAGAGAACUACCACUGGUGGUGGCAAUCCUUCUUCCUGGGUGGAGGUAGUGCAGUUUGGAUCUACUUGUAUUCGAUCUGGUAUUAUCAUAGCAAGUUGCAUAUCAUGGGCUUUACAUCGAGUUUGCUCUUCUUUAGCUACAGCUUCUUGGCUUGCGCUGUGUACGGUCUGCUAACGGGAACUGUGGGUUUCCUUACGGCGUAUGCCUUCAUUAGGAGGAUCUAUGGGGCGAUCAAGGUUGAUUGA